UUUUAUAAAUCAUUUUAAUUUUUACUUCUUUCUUUUACAUCUUGAUUUGCACUCUUCUUAAAUCACUGUAAGAAUGACUGUAAAAAUUGCCUAGAUCUCUCAAUUGUUUCUCAGUAUUUGACUAUUAUGAUAAUCCAAAAGCUGGACAUUCACAAGUUGGUCACAUCUUAGAAAAUAUAUAGAUUUAUAAAGUACUUUUGCUAGGUUGCAUCAGACUAACAACAUAAUUUUGAUAACCAGUAAAUAUCAAUGAAAAUUAUGGUGAACAAAUGAAAUGUGACCAUCAUGGGAACUAAACUAUUUAUUGUGAUACUGAUGGUGUUCUGUCUAAAAAGAUGUGUUUGGAAGCAUGAGAGUGGAUUAGGCCUUAGUUCAUUGAGAAAGUAAUUAUCUUCAUCUUACUAGAUUUGACCAGCUUCAACCAUUCCAACCAAACCAACCAUUUCUGCAUUUACCUGUUAUACUUGGAGCCAUAUAUUGCUAAUCAAGUUUUUUGCCUGGAGUCCUGUUCUCUAUAAUAGGUUACCACACAGAACUGCUUCUGGAGCAGGAAAUAUGCUAGAAAUACAGUAUAUUAAAUAUUUUGAGUAGGGAAAAGAAUAGUCAUUCUGUAGAAUUUCAUUAAAUCACAGUCCAAAGCCAGUAGCAUAGUUCCAGUGGGAGUUGCUCUCUAGACAAACUUACUUUGGUGAACCUCAACAUUACCCUUUCUCCUCCUACCUAAGGUGGCCUGGAUAGGUUUCCUGUACCCAAAAGGCCCUAUUCUGUCCACCUCAUUGGCAAUUUACAGAGUGGAAAGCUGGACUGCACUUCUGCCACCAAGAUUCAGAAAUACUAGCACUCGUUGACAUCACAGAUGUAGAGAUACUUGCAUGUUGGUUGGUGGAUAUGAAAAUCUGUAGUAAAGUGAAGUAUCUUGCCCUCAGCAUAAAAAAUAAUAUAUGGAAAAUCUUUGCUCUAAUACAACAUUUGGCACUGGCAAGAGUCUUUUGAGUCCUCAUCUCCCAGCACGUCAGUUUCCCUUUGAGUAUUAAUUUAAUAAAAAGAAAAACUACAUAAUAGUCUAAAAUUUAGUUUAUAAUACCUGCUCUUAAUCUCCAUGGUUUUCAAUUUAAUUUUGGUUUUCAUUUGGUUUUGUUUUGAGGGGAGGAGAGACUGGGAGUGAGGAGUGGUUGACCAGCAGUUCGAAUCUGUCACUACAUACUUGCGGCUUUUUGUCUUAGCGAUUCAAAUGGCUAGAUAGAACUUCAUGACAAGAACAAAUGAAAUAACAUAAAUGCUAUACUUAAUUAUUCAAGUGUUACUUUAAAAAAAUUUUCAUCUCAGGAAAAGCAACCACUUUAAAAAUCAAAAUUUGUCUGUUAGAUCCUUGGUCAACCCCUAGACCACCAUCUCAGAGGAACCAUUUUGGCAAUGGAAGUGGAACUGAAGGUAAAUGUUUGAGGCUGAAAUUUAUCUGAAAUAUUUAUUGCCUUGGGAGCCAGAUACAGCCAGCUAAGCAAUGACUCUCAGCUACCUAUGGAGCAUUUGGUAGCUUAUGGAGGUGUUGCCGGUUCCAGUCACAAUGACUGGAAGCUCAUUGGCAUUUAGAGGAAAGGGGUCAGAAUUUCAAAUAACUGUCCGGCCCAGAUUCCUAACAUUAUCCCUGUGGGGAAGCAGGGCAUGCAGUGCGCUUGUUCACCUCAGAAGGAUCGUGGAUAUUCAGUACCCUGUGUGGCUUUAAGAAACUGGCUUUAGAAUUGAAACUUUCUUUACCACAAGGAGAAUCAAGAACUAAAUAUCUAGAUCAGUGGUUUUCAACCUUAGCCACGCAUCAGAAUUCCUGGCAUGCUUUUAGAGUUGAGACCCUACUUCACACUAAUUGAAACUGAAUGUGUGAGCCCAGGCAUUUAUAUAUAUAAUUUUUUAAACUCCCAAGAACCAAUUCUUCAGAUGUUUGAAUUAUCAAAAAUAUGUAGAUACAGCUUAUACCAAGGUUAUAGUAAACCAUGUGAUAAUAGCUGUAUAGAAUCAUCAGUUGUCUAGGUUUUAGUAGACCUUAAAGUUCCAGGCAUUCAGUGGAUAUCUGUAUCCUCUCUAGGGCAUUUCCACCUUUGUCAUACGGCCUUUGCCACAAGUCCUCUAAUGACAAAGCAGUUCUCUUUCCACACUGAUGAUAGUGUUAGAAAACUCCCCUUUCAUUCAUUCAGGUGUUUAAAGCAAACAAUAUCAGAGAAGACAAAUAGGAAUAAUAUAUGACAGAAAGGAGAACUGAGGUCAAUAUUGUGUGUGUGCAGGGUCACACACACACUUGGAGAUACAGACACAUGUGAAUGCUGAAUUAAAGCCUCAAGAUGAUCUCACACACACACACCCUAACAAACCACCACUUUGUCAUUAUACAGUCAUCUCUGCCACAAAGCUUCCCCAUGUGAUCCACAGAGAGGAUAUGGUGUCCCAGCAAGAAUGAUGGAUGCCAACUGAGUCUACCCUUCAAACCCAGAUGAGAAAGCAUACACAAAGAGAUGUGAGAAUGGAGCAAAAAGAUAGAGCAUGGAUCCUUUGUCUACUUAACAAACAUUUUGAAGUGUCCCUAUGUUAGGUAUAGAGGAAAUUGAGGUUCAGUUUCUACUUUUUCACAGCUUUUAAUUGAUUGACCAGGACAGACAUGUAAACAGCUAACUCUGACAUGUACUCUUAUUGAAGUGCAAAAAAAGGUUUGUGGUUGCAACUUAUUGUUCAUUGCGUACCUGAGAGCAUGUUAGAUUUCCCUAAGAGAACACAAUAAAACCCCUAGGCAUUCUUGGUUGGAAUAAUACCAUAAAUCAAUGCAGGGGUGGUACAUAUACCUCAACAAUAUCUUGUGACCUGAACAAGAAAGGAGAUGCUAACCAAGGGAUGGCUGGGGUAACCAAAACACCAGCCUUGCCCUCAGAUCUCUUGUGAGGAAUUAAAGUCAUCCUGGCAGCAAGGGUAUUAAUCUUACCUAUGGCUUCCUAAGGCAUUGACUUUAUAGAAGAAUUUCAUGACAAUUUUGAACUCCAUCCAGGCUCUUGAUAUAUGCAACCGCAGUAAGAUAAUGAUGAGGGGAAACAGGACAGACUUGGAGGCUCUUUCCAACUGUGCUCUACCCACUGCAUAGCCGGCUUCUCAGUUUGUGCCUGUGUGUAUGCACACACCUCUACACACUGUGGUGUGCAAUAGGAAAUGCACCUAGUGUCAGAGAAUUCAGACCUGCAUCUAUCUUAGGGGACUGCUGGGGGCCGGUAGUUGGAAGGUGGUCUCAGCAAACUGCCAGCAGGCACAAGGUGACCUUGUCCCUUGCCUUCUUCUCCCUGGAACUUCAGGCUGUUCUAUGAGCACCAAGGAUCUAGGGUGCAUCUCUCCCUUACACCACAGGGCAUAGUCAUGGGAAGAAAAGUUAACAAAGAUGGCACCCAAGACCUCAGAAAGAGAGUCCCCAGUAUCUCCUUCCCCUCCCCUUUGAUCCUGUUCCUUGCAUUGUCUUUGUUGUAUAAAGCUAGCCCUAAAAGAGGAACACCCAGGCUUCUUUGUUCGUGAAGAAAACAAAAUCCUCCAAUUAUUGAGCCAAGGAAUCUUCUCAUGUUUGCACCUUUGUAUCUGUGCUAUUUAAACAUCACGCUGAAAAUAAGUUCAAACAAACAAAAAAUUCCUUUGUGUGCACAUUCUUGGGUGUAGGAAGGAGUGUCUUUGGUAAUUUGGCCUAGAUUUAAGAAAAAAAAGAAUUCAAUUGGCUACUUUUAAGCAGAACAGGCUCAAACUCAUAAAACAAGGGAAAAAUCCGUGCUCAGCCUGGAAUGUGUAUUGGCUUGCAUUCUCCAGCCUUCAUUUCAAUCUGUGUGGUAGAGUGGGAUACGGUUAUUUCAUCAGCUGCCAAUGAAGUUUGGAAUGUCAAUUUGGUAGCUAAGCCUUAACUCUAAAUAUUCAUGCGGUGUUGGUGGCUAUAUUCUCAUAGAACCACAGCCCACUUUCCUCUGGUAGAGUCAUGCUUUGGGUGAGAUGCCCUAAUUCAAUAUAAGGAUUGAAGAGAAAGUGGUAGAGGAUAAUAUCAGAUAGUGGGAAAAGUUGACAGCACUUUUAGGAACCACUUUCAAGUAGAGUGCUGUUAUAAUCUCGCUUGAUCAGAGAAUAGGAGCAGCAAAGGCAACACUUGCCUGUUAAAAAGAAGGAAAAAUCUCCACCUUACACUUCCCACUGUCAAACCAGGCUGUGAUGUCUCAAAGAACCUCGUCUUAUCUUAUGACUCAGAUGGUUAUGUUUACUAAGCUUAAAUGUAUUGACAUUUCUUGAUUAUUCAAUUUCAUUGUUACAGUUAUAAAAGGUUUUUUUAGUUCAUAGUUAUCUGAGUUUUCCUACAGCUAAAUCAAAUACCAUGAAAAUCCAACAUCUGAAAAUAAAAUUGUAAGAUUUUAUAAAUUCAUAAAAUUUACUAUAAGAGCAUAUAAUCAGUGGUGGUUAGCAGUUUUUCAGCCUUUCAAAAAAUAUUCAUGUAACUGUUUGGACUUGUGGAUGAGAAUGCUUCUUUGUAUGUUGUCUAAACCAAAAUUUCUGUUUAGGGUAUUUCAAGUUCAGUUCAUAAUAUUUUGCUUUUGUUUUGAUUCUUUUUCUUUUAAAUUAUCAGAACAUUUUUAGGCAGAUUAGGUAAAUAAUUUAAAAGUUUUAUCUUGUACCAAGAUAGAUAUUAAAUAAACAGUAUGUUGGAGGAUUGCACUAAUUGAAAAACUAGAGCCUUUCAGAAACGUUUAGAAGAGUUACUCAUUUCACAAAAUGGGAAGGGACCCUGAAGUAUUCAGGAAUGAUACGACUAUUUCAGGAGCUUUGUUAUACUGCCGACUCCAAAGAUGGAACUCUGGAAAUCAUUGAUUCUGAAAAAGUGUGCUUUACAUGUUUAUUUUCUGUAGUCUCUUCUGAGUGUUUUGAGUUGAGCUGCUUAUAAAAUCUGUGUUAACAAGCAAGAGGCAUAAGUGAUCAUCGAAGGCUGACAAACAUUUGUUCCUUUCUGAGAUUGUUCAACAUAAUGUACCUGUGAAGGCAGCAAGUCAGCUCUUUGAGUUCAUGUUGAAAGUUCCUGCCUUAACCAAUGUGUUUGAAAAUUUAAAGAGUCUGAGGGGCAGAGAGAAGCUCAUCAGUUUGUCCACUUGCCUCAAAUGGCUUAGUAAGGAAAGAGAAUUUAAGAGCUUUUUAAAAAAAAUACCUUAUAGUGUCUUUUAUUUGUUAAUGUCAGAAAACUCAGUUUGGCAUCUAGUUUGUAAUUCCCUUUCUUUUUCAUGAACAUGUGCAAUUUUUGUACAAUCCAUUCCCUUUGUCAUUCCCUCUGUAUUAUUAACUCCUGGACAGAUAAAACAGACUUAGACUAUUUAAAUAGACAUCCUAUGUGUCAGCCUAGAUCAGUCGUUGAGAACUUUGAAGGGGUGAGGGGAUGGUGGUUAACAUAAUGAGUCAGCAAAAUUAAUUUAUUCUGGAUUUUGGAACCUGAGCUCCUUUACCUGAAAGGAAAUGUGUAUCUGCAGAGGCACCAGAACCACCGUAUGGAAGGUCUUAGCAUUAUUCUACCUGCUGAGACUCCAUGUAGUGGAAAAAGCCCCAGGAAAGCAGCCGGAGGAGGUAGUUGAAGGAAAAUGAGGAUCCCCCAGCAAUGGACCUUCAAAUCUUGGAGUGAGAAAGCUCUCCAGGAAGUGAAACUCAUGCCUCUGGUCACACUUGUCACUUUCGAGGGAAUGUGAUUUAUUCCCAAGUAGCUAUUUGUUUGAAGUACUCAUAUUUGUGGAAAGUAGAUGGAUUAAAAAUAGUAGGGUAGAUGCAAAAUAAUUGGAAAAGAAAGAAUGAAGGAAUCUUACUGUGCAAAAUAUUUCAGUGGCAACGACAACAAAAGAAUAUAGUGUAAGGGCCAAGCAUAGGCGUCAAGGCAUUGUUAGAGUCUCUGUGGGCUUAACUAAGAGAUCUUGGUGUAGAGAGUGGGUCCAGCUGUCUCUGCAGAAGUCCUCUGAUUGGAGUGGACCCAAGACUACACUGAAGUGUGGAUGUGGGCCUCCCUUCCUGGACCCUCAUCUCCAGAUCCUUUACCGUAGCCUUCUCACAUCAUGAUGCCACAUUUCUUUGCACCUGGGCACCAAGACCUCUCACAUUAGCCCCUCAAAAUCUAGCACCACUCAUACAGUUCCUCUUUUUGAUCUUCCGUCUCUCUCCCUGCUCCAGGGCCCACGAAUGAAAAAGACUACUUUCCCCGGGCUCUGAUCAAAGCUUACCUAUAUUGACUGUUCCUUCCAGCCCUUUUGUGUGUUAGCUGUUCCUUUUUUUCUUUUAGAUGGGUUUGUAAUCACAGCAAUUGAGUUAUCUAAACUUCAAUUGGUUCCUCUUUAGAGUUUCUAGUUCCUUGUUACAGUGCUCUGCACUUCUAUCAAUCAUCUUUCUUACUCCUUUAGCAUUUUUAUUACCUCCUUUUUGAACUAGGGGUCUAGUAGUCUGGAGAGAUCUGUUUCAUUGCUUGUUCUUUCAGGGGAUUUCUCUUGUUCUUUUAAUUGGGAGUAGCAGCUCUCCUUUUCUGAGCAAAGUUGUGACUAGCCAGUAAUCGCUUCCUUUGUCAAUGGCAUUUGAUUAGACAGUUACUAAAAAUAUAACGCUGUCUCCUGAAGGUGAUAAAUCUAACAUUUCUGGUAGAAGAUAUAGGUGGGGUAGCAACACCCUGGGAUGGGGCAGGACGGGGAGAAUACAGAUCAGUUUCUUUGUCCUUCAAAUUAUACUCCCUAAAUGGCCUCUCUUAGCCCUGCUUUCCUGCUAGAACUUCCUAACAGAAGUGACUCAGGGUGGCCCUCUUGUGGUGGACAGGCAUUCCCAAGGCCCUUUUCUGGAAUGAAAUGAGAGGUAGCCCUGGAAUGGUUCCUAUAUUACUUAGCUUUUGUUGUCAUCAUUAUCAACAUCUCCCAAGUAAAGAAUCUGGAAAUAAUAUAGUGAGAUGCUAAAAACAAAUUUGAAAACCGUAGGGAAGAUCUGUCUCUAGUCUUAAAUAGCUCACGUUUUUAAAAUGUUUUAUUGUUUUGUUUCUUCAAACUAUAGACCAGUACUUUAAAAAAUAAAAUAAAACAGAUAGUUUGAAACUGUUUCUUUUGAAUAUUUCUGUCAUCUGGAAAUGCCUGUACAUAAGCCCCAUGACAGAUUUGCUUGGCUAAAAAAUCUGUUGACAUGUCACCAUCCCUCAGAAUAGAAGAGACAGCCAGCAUCCCAUGAUUCUAGGGAAAAACAUCCAGCAGUGGGAAAACAGCACAUUAGCUGAAACACAACAACCUAAGCAUGUAACUUCCAUGGAUAAUAAAUACUUUUUGUGUGACUCUCUUAAUUUUAUAAUCUAAAACAGAUUCUAAUAAGUGUAAACAUAUUUCUUUUACUAACACAGAGGCCGAACUCUGUCAUUCUAGGACUCAAAUAACACAGGACCAAAUUUGACAGACUCAGCUGUAGAACUUUAUAAAAAUUAAGAAAACUGGGCCUCACCACUGGAUGGUCUAGUUCAGAAAGUUUCAGCUUUAGGAACUUUUUUUUUUUUAAAUAGUUAUUUAUUUAUUUUUGGCUGUGUUGGGUCUUCUGUGCAAGUUGGGUUUCUGUGCAAGGGCUUUCUCUAGUUGCGGCAAGCGGGGGCCACUCUUCAUCGCGGUGCGCGGGCCUCUCACUGUCGCGGCCUCUCCCGUUGCAGAGCACAAGCUCCAGACGCGCAGGCUCAGUAGCUGUGGCUCACGGGCCUAGUUGCUCCGCGGCAUGUGGGAUCUUCCCAGACCAGGGCUCGAACCCGUGUCCCCCGCAUUGGCAGGCAGAUUCUCAACCACUGCGCCACCAGGGAAGCCCCAGCUUUAGGAACUUUUAAAUAAUUCUUUGAGUGAUUGCAGUGUGCAGCAAGGCCUGAGAGUAACACAACACAGAACUGUGGUCCCCUUGGUGCAACGCUAUGGAGACUACCAGGAGAAGCACUCCGCAUUUGUUUAUAAAUUUAUUUCAAGGAAUACUCAGGAAGUGGACAGUCAUGCUGCAGGUCACAUUUCAGGGAUCUUCAGAGUUGAUGGAACUUGUUGAGGACAAAGAUUUGUCUUUUUCUUCCAGUCCUCAGGAUCUAACACUACACCUGGCCCAGAGCGGGUGCUCACAAAUAUUUGUUAAGUGGAAUGUUAAUUGGAAUGCCCAAGACCUCUCCCUAAGAAUGGAAGAUCGUUUAAUGCUCAAGAGAGUUCUGCUAAACAACUGAGAUGUAUCGUAAAGCUCUUUGAAAAGUGUAAAGGGCAGACAUUAUUCUAGAAGGAAGGAUUAUUUUAAAUGCCACAUGUAAUAGCUUCUUUUUUUUGGCUGUGUUGGGUCUUCGUUGCUGCACGGGCUUUCUCUAGUUGCAGCGAGCAGGGGCUACUCUUUGUUGCGGUGCGCGGGCUUCUCUGCAGUGGCUUCUCGUUGCGGAGCACGGGCCGCAGAACGCGCAGGCUUCAGUAGUUGUGUGCAGGCUCAGUAGUUGUGGCUCGCGGGCUCUAGAGCGCAGGCUCAGUAGUUGUGGCACACGGGCUUAGUUGCUCCGCGGCAUGUGGGAUCUUCCCGGACCAGGGAUCAAACCCGUGUCCCCUGCAGUGGCAGGCGAUUCUUAACCACUGCGCCACCAGCGAAGUCCCCUAGCUUCUAAAUUAUAAUAUGCUAUAAGAAUGAGUUCAGUUUUUCAAAGUCACCUCUUUUCCAAUUUUUUCCAUAUUGUUUAUAAUGAAAAUAGAAAUACGAUACUCCUUUAACUGGUAAAUAUGUUUAAAGAGUAAAAGAAGAAGGGGCUGAAAAACUAUACAAGCAAGAAAUCAGAAGCCACCCAGUAUAAAGAGAUUAAAUAAGUAACUGCUUCGUGGUGCUUCAAGAUCAUCCUUCAGACAGAAAACUGUAAAUUAAAUGUGCAGUGGUAUACUAAAGGCAAAGUUGGUGCAUUUAUUCCUAGAUUUUCUUCCAUCACUAAGUUAAAAUUCUUUUGUCUUCGUAUUCUGACUGAGGAUUUACAUUAUUGAAGGAUACAAACCUCUUUAAAUAAAUAGCCAUGAAGAUAAAUACUCUUGUUAUAUGACUCCUAUGUUAUACUUGGAAGAUGAAGUAUUAGCUCCCUCAUUUGGGACUUAGAAGAGAACUGAAUUUAAGAUUUGAUAAAGCCAGAAAUAAAUGUCUCACGCUCCAAACUCUUAUCCCUGGGUUCUAUUCCCUUCCUUGAGCCCCUUGGAAUUUUAAACUUUAAGGCACUCCUUCAGGAAUUAGAAGACCUGGAUUCUAUUCCUGGCAUUGCUAGUUAGUGCCUUUGUGACCUUGAGCAAAUGGCUUAACAUCAGGGCCUCUUUCCUCAGCUGUAAAAUGAGAAGCUUGGCUAGAUGAUUUCAGGGGUUCUUUCUGGCUCUAAAAUUCUGUAAGUCUGGAAACACCUGCUAGUGACAUUUAUGCACUCAUUGCUCUUUCCCCCUUUCCAAAAUGUUUUAGUUUGUGGCUUGAUAGCAUCAUUUAUAUAGAUCUUUUCAAACCCUUUCCAAGAUUUUCUUUUUUUGUUUCUUGAUAGCAGCUCAUGUUUCUACAUUUACUUUACAUUAAGAAUUGUUACAUGCAUUUCUUUACAUAUUUGUUAUACACUGAAAUAGGAUUAGUAUGACAUCAGAUAUGAAUGAUUCUUCCAAAUUCUCUCUAAUAUAUAGAGCAAUAAUUUAAGUCACUUUCAUAUUUGAAGGUUUAAAUAUUUAAAUGGAUUAAAAGUGACCUGGAUUGUGCAACAAAUUGCAUUUUUUUCCAUAAGGUUUUCAGCCAUUUGACACCUGCUUGAAAAUGUCAGGCGCUUCAAGAUGUCUGAAUAUCACUAUAGGGCUGGGUAUACCAGCAUCUGUUUUCAAAAUCCAUUCGUUUUAUGUACAUAACAGCAGGAACUUUUCUUAAAACAAAGCUUUCUUAGAAGUUUUUAGUGGAAAGGUUCAGAAAUACCUGAGCUGAGUAUUUAUUGCCUUUGUAUGCUGUCAUCUAAUUGCAUUGCUUUAUUUCUCUGGGGUAUGAAAUAUAGCAUGGAAAUUUUAGCUAAUAUACAUAAAAAAUUAUUCAACAGAAAGGGUUGGUAAGUACUACAAUUAAUGGUAGACUUGGGUGAAAUUCUGUCAAAGUUUUUUGUCCCUAGUUUUUUAUUCUAUGUUUGAUAUAAUUUAAGGUCAAGUUUACCAUGACAAGAAGCAGAUGAAGCACCUGCAAUAAACAAUUACUGGGACAUCCAUGAAAAAGGGCAUUGAAACAGGUGCUAUUGAGGGAUAAUAUAGAGGAUAGCACAACAUAAUUCCUACUGCAAUUAGCUACAGAUUAUCUGAAGUUCUGAUAGGGUGUAGAAAACAGUCUCAAUUUGAUUUACCAAUGACACGUGGAAAUUAAGAGGUCUGGAGUGGAAGAGAGGUCCGGAGUGUCCUGAUAAGGGCAAAGGCAGAAUGAACUAACAUUUCUUAAGUGCCUGGCACUGUAAGUACCCCCUCAUACUCGUACAACAUCCUUACAAAGUAAAUAUAAUUAUCCCCUUACAGAAGUAACAAACUCGAAGUUCACACAGAUAAGUAGUGGCAGUAAUUUGAAACCAAUAUCUCUGUGACAAAAUUCCAGGGUCUUCAGUUAGAGAAACCGGUUCCAAGACCUACUUCUCUGCGUGGUCAAGUUCCUGUGAAUUUUGGCAAGAUACUCUGCCUCUUUGAACCUUGGUUUUAUCAGUAAACUUGGGUUAAUAUCUACAGACACAUUUUCUGUGAGAGUGAGCUAAGAUAAAGAUACAUUAGAUAUUAGAAGUACUUAGCACAGAGCCUUGCAGAGAGCAGUCUCUCCAUGAGUCAUCACUAUUAUUACUCUAAUUAUUAUUGUUGUUGUUAUUGCUUUUGAGAUUAGGGGGCGGAGGGGGUGAGUUGCUUUUUUUUUUUUUUUUUUGGCUUUUGAGAUUUUGAUGCCAGGCUUUCAAAACACAGAGUACGAUUUCAUUCAAUUGUCCUACAUGUACUAAAGUCCUACUAUGAGUAGGUUAUUCUUAGUAAACUUUUUAACUCCCCAUGAAAUAUUUAUCUGGAAUCUGGAAGCAGGCAAAAAUAAUGUGAGAGGGAUUAUGUAAUGCUUUAAUGACCACACAGACUUUAGACUUGAGGAUAAGCCCUUAUUAUUUAAACUUUUAUGUAGCUUAUUUGCUGAAUUAGGCUGCAGCACACCUUCAUUGAAAACAAGUACAUGGGUAUCUCAUUGGUUUUUUCCUUACCACAAUAAGUAUCAUCCUUUCCCAUGGGCUCUGAUUUCCUCUAGCAGAAAGACAUCACCAUCACUAUAGAUAUAAGCAGCAAGCUGCCAUAGGAUCACAAAGAACUAGAAGGCUGGUCUUCAUAUAUGCCAUUUCUACUUUAUUUCAAGACAGAAGUUUGAUACCUUUUCACAAAUCUUUUGAGAUUAUAUACAUAAAAUUUCUGCACAUAUUGUUCUGCCACAUCCAGACACCAACUUCCAAAGGCACCAAAAAGUACAUUUUGAAAAGGGGAGAGAGGUAGGCAAAGAGAUGAUUCUUGGCUGUAAAAAAGGAGUUAACUUUUCCAAAUAAAUGGAAUGUAAAAUUGGCCAUUGUCAUUGUGUGAUAUUAACACCAGCUCUUUUGGCAAGUUUGGAAAUACUGGGCUCCCUUAUAAAAGUUAAAAAUGUCCUGGACCUGGAGUUGUUUACCCAGAGUGGGAGCUGCUCUAAAGUUACAGAGCUCUGGUUGGAAGAGAUAGCUUGAAGGCCGCCUCCGAGAAACUGACAUCACACUAGCCUCAGCUGCUGCUGUGACAUGAGCGGAGCAGCUUUUUGAUUUGUGAAAUGGUGGAGGUUUCAAAGGGACUUGUCAGUAUCUCUCUGUUGAAUGGUUGGACUUAUUUUGCAUUCCCAUUUUGUGCAAAGAAGCAAGAUUCACCGUGCUGAGACUUUUCUCUUUAAAACAACCGGCUGUCUUCCCAUUGCUAGAUUGACCAGUGGUCGGACAUCCAUAGGAUUUCUCCCCAGAGCAAAAAGGUAUGUUUCUUUCUGGCAGUUUGAAAGCAAGUGACUAAUUGUGGUAAAACAUAGAGGGGCCGCUCUUGACAUAUUUGAAACUGUAGAUACUGUUUAAGUGGAGGGUGAUUUCAACAUCUGCCUGAUUCAGUGUCUGUGCCUUGGCUUAAAAACAGUGGGGCAGGGUGCGUAACGGAUUUUACUGACUCCCAGGGAAGAGAAGGUCCAGCUGCUGUGAGUGGAUUUCCUGACUCCGGACUGAUGGUACCAUCUGCUCUCUGAGACUGUGUUUUUGAAACACUGCUUCUCAGUACUUUGAACACCACUUUCCCUACCAUAAGAUUUCACUAAAUUUAUUUUUUAGAACACUAUUUUCAUUAGGAUGAAGACUUUUUAACAUUUGCAGAGUAAAGUUCACAACCAUUGAAAUUGCUGGUAUUUGAAAAUUGCAGUGAAAAAUAAAUCAGUGAAAUUUCAUCCAAGAUGAUGGUUUGCUCACUGCAUGAUAAGUGUUUCUGUGAUUUGAGUUGAAGUGCAUGCCAUUCAUAAUGGGUUAAUCUGCAAUUAGGAGGGAACCUUACCACUACAGCUUCUACUGUUUAAGCUGGUUAAGUUUAGGUGUUUGUUUAUCCAAGCCAAAUGCGUCUUUCAAAGCUUUUAUGAGCUAAGAGAAGUAAAAUCAGUGCUCCUGUAUGUUGGAUAUUUUCUAGUUUGAAUAUAUAACUGGAGAGAAAACAAGGAGAAGAUAAUAAAAUGAAAAGGCAAAAUUGAUUUCUUCAGAAUUGCACGUGGUAGUAUCCCUUUGACCCUAUUGGAACAUGAGGAACGAUGCUGAAAUAGCAAGAAAUAGCAAUUUUUUAAAAUUCCCUUUUGCUUUGUAACAAAAUCAAGUCAUAGUUUUCUUUGGAAAAAUGCAUUCACCAGUGAACAGUAGGGGAGGAAUAAGGUCUUAUAAUCAGUUGAAAUGAUGCAAGUGAUUCAUGAUAGCCUAGAGAAAGGGCUAGAGAAUCUUGGAGGCAAAUGGUGCAUAACUUUGAUGGUUAUAGAUGUGGGAAUUCCUAAUUCUUCAAAGUUAAGAGGAAGCAAAGCAUCUCCAAGGCAAAUGAUGGUUCUAGAAAUUGUAAGAUUGACAGUACCUACUGUGUGUGGCAUUCCUAUUGGAAUAGGUAACCUCCUACAAAUGAAAAUUUUUCAAUUAUAUGAAAAGCAGUAUGUUUAUCAAAAGGAAAUCAGAGAGCAAGAAACAAACACUCUGAACAAAACUCUCAGAAGAGAGAAGUUGCAAUCGAGUCAACUCCCCUAACGCUGUUUCAUUUGUUUGGCUAAAGUCCAGUUUUCAAUAGGGGAGAUGAAGGUUGCAAUGGUAACAACCAAGGUGUAGUAAGAAGGGAGCACCCCUCAGACGAAGAAGUGUUACCAUGACCUACUUGAGGCUAACAUGGGAAAUAGAAAUGAUUUUUUGUGAAACUGCUGUGUUACUCUUAAAUUUUGCUUCCUAGUAGGGCCGGAAGGUUAGCAGACCUAUUUUCCUCCCAUCACCAUACUUAUGCAACCCACUCACAACCCUUCCACAAUUCUGGCUUCCGGCCUUGGGGAGGGGGAAGUAGGUUAAAAUGGAUUAUGUAAUGCUUGCUUAGAGUUGUUGGGGGAAGAACGUGUGCAUGACUAAGUAGUGCAGCUCCCUCUGUCCUUCUACAUUUGCUCUAAUCAAAUUUUAUUCUGAAUGAAAUUCUGGAGGGAGUGAAAUGAAAUGGAGAGUGAAGGGUGCAGAUCGCAGAAAUUCUUCCUUAUCUCCCACAGAGAUACCAAUAUCUGUGGGCGAAAACAAGUGACAACUAGGAACAAAGAGAACUUUUAUAUUUGCCUCAGCAGAAAGCACUGAAAUUGAGUUUUUGAAUCGGCUGAGCCAUUUUACCCCAUAACUUUUCAUUACAGAACGUUAUGUCCCUACAAAAUUGCUCUAUUAGUUGGAUUUUUUUUAACAUUUAGGGAGAAUUAUAACAAAAGCAGUUUCAUAUAAGAUUUGUCUAUUCAAAUUUUUGCUAACAAUAAAAAAAUUUCCUAAAUAUUUAACCUGCCUUGUAUUCUUAAAAUACUUGAAAAAUACUGAGGGCAAAGGAAAACUGUUAAAAAUAUGAGUUCACACAAUUACACUUGCUUCUAUGAAUUUUCUAAUUAAAUCAAAAUCAAAAUCAGUUUUAUUCUAGAGGAAGAUAAAUAAAAGGAAGGCGGGUAGGGGGAACACAAAACGGGAGGGAGACAAGGACAGAAGGAAGAAACCAAGAAACAGGCAUUUAUUGAGCGUCCAUUAUGAUCCAAAACAGUGUUAGUCACUUUGAUUAUGCAUUCUCUUUCAUGCACAUUUAAUUCUCCCAAAACUCUAUGGACCCCACUUUAUUUUUAGAGGAGAAAGCGGUAUAGUCAGCCGUAUUACAUUUGACAUUUAUGACAAGACAUAAAUACUAGGAAGGGGAAAUAAACCCUCCCACAGAAAUUGGCACAGAUAUUGCCCUACAGGAAUUUUCUUUCCAAGGCUUGUUUUUUAUCCAUAACCAUUACAUUUUAAGGCACUAGAUAUUGCUCUGGUCCUGGAAAGGGGAAGCUCUGUAGAUUGGCCCUUCUCCGUAUUAAGUGAUGAAUUUGGCUCUUUGCAAUUAAGUGCAGGAUUCUGUCUGCUUCGGGAACAUUACCUGGGUUCAUGUAUAGUCCUGCUACCAGGAGCAAGCCUGAUUGAGGGUUUUCCUGGAUGAUCUUCUUCAGGUAGGUAAAAAAGAAAGGGGUCUGGUGCCCUUUCACCCUGACCUGGAAGCGGUUCAAGAAGAGUUAGAAAUAAAAAGAAAAAUUGAAGCCAUUUGCUACAUAAUUGUAGGAGAAACUUCAUGAUGAUUUCUGAACAUUUACAGUGUUUAAAGACGGAAUGAAACAUGGAGUAUCAUAGGACCUCUUCUCCAGGUAGCUUGAAAUUAGUCUGCUCUCUUUCUGUAACACCCUUGGUUAAAUCUGCAACUACCUCUUGAUGUCUUAAACCACUUCACUCUUCCUAAGAAGUUUCAAUGUUAAAUACCUGCUAGUCAGCAAGAUAGUUUCAGCUCACAGUUAAUUACAUAUAGUUUAAAGCAGUCUGCAGUCUCUGAAAAUUAGCACUGUCUGCAUUUCCUGCGAAUAGUUAUUAGAUGAACCUAGAAAUUAAUAGGUAAUCAAGAUCAAUAACAGAUUCACCAAAACACAAAAUUCUGUACAUUCUUUACUAUCUUUAUUUUGUUAUGUCUCCAUCGACAGAUUUAUUUUGGGGCAACUUGCAUUUGCUGUGGCAGGUACUUGUGGUCACUGUCUCACAGGAUUGGAGGGUAGCAAAAGGAAGGAAGGAUGACAGAGAGGAUGGAAAGUGAGAUUAGAAAAAGGGCAUGGCUGAGUGGAUAAAAUGAGACGUGAUAGUGUUUUUAAUGGCUAAAUCUGAAAUUACUUGUUUUUCUUGGCUGAAUUAGUCAUAGUUUUGUGAGUGCCAAAGAAAUAGGUAAGAAUGAUCAAAGUAUCUGUAGCAAAAUUUUUGAGAGAAGAGUAACUAUAUAGAUCCCAAUAUUAUUAGGGUGUUUUUGAGGGUGGAGCCCUGCAUAUAGCACUGACAUUUUAAAAUCCUUAUUAGUCUAUUAUAACUCAUUAAUAGAUUGCAGCUCAAAAAUACAUGUUUGGAACAGUUUACUACUUGGAUAUGCAUGUUCAGAGCAGUCUGACAGAAAUCGAAUGUCUUCAAUGUUUAUCUUAUAUUUGGGAUAUAAAAUAUGCAGCCGUCUUCUAUGACUGCAGAAUGGGGCUUGCUUCCUGGUUAUGUGGGCUUCAUUAGACAAUGCCAGCACCCAGGCAGCUACUGAGUCUCGAGAACUUUGCUCAAAAUUAGCAUCAGCUGCCACCUGGUAAGUUAAGGCAUUUUGGUCAUGGCCAAAUUAGCUUUUUUUUGGCCAACUCUUUAGCUUUUUAAAAGCUGAAGAGUUAAGACUUCUUAUAGGCGUGAUUAUCUUAGAAGGAGAUUCAAACAUUUUAAAUGUGCUUUUCUACCCAUUAAAAAAUGUAUCUGACUUUAGUAAUAAAAAUAUUCUCAGUGGAAGUCAGCACAAGAUUUUUUAAAGCAAAAAAUAGGGGAAAUUUUAUAUUUCUCAAACCAAUUUGCAGUCCAUAUGUCAUUUAAUCUUCGUAAUAACCCUGUGGAUAUCCCCCAUUUUAAUAUAAAUAAACUAAAUCUCAGAAAUUUUAGGUGGUUUAUAACAGAGUUACCAAUCAGGUAUUUUAAAGUUCAUCUUCAGAUCCUGAAUACACAUGCCCUAAAUGCUAGAAAUCUACUUAUUUCAGUCACUCCUUAAUAUGAUCAAGAAUUUUCCUGCAAACUGAUGAAAACAUUUUUUUCAUUUCUCUGUAUUCAGUAUCAGAACAUAGGUUCUGAUAUAUAGUCUAUUAGAAGGAAAAAAGAGCAUGGAUAAGUUUUAACAUAUGGCUUUCAGGAUAAUUUUGCUGCUUUUACAUUUUACUUGAUGAAAUAAAAUAAUGACAAUAUUUUUUUUAUGCUUUGGUUUGGUUUCUUGCUGAUACAUCAGUCCCAGACUUACUACCAACAUUGGGGUCUUAUUGAUACAGUAAUCACGUUUGCCACAAGCUUGAACUCUGAGUGUAAAAUUAAGAUUGUAGCCCAAUACCAUCUCAGGACUUUAAGUCACAGAAAUGUAUAAUCUGGUUGCAUCAGAACAGAAGGAGUAAUUCUAUUGCAGCAGAAUCUACCACAGUUGUGUAGAUGUGACCACACAGUUGAAUUUCAUACUUCCACUCUUAGAUAUUCGUGAAAAAUUCUAUGUUUAGAUUAGGUGGUUAGUUAAAGGAAUACUUAUAUCUCACACAUGCAUUUAACCAUUCUAUCCACUGUAAUGUUACUGUCUGGUCUCAGAAAGGGGAAGAAAAAAAGUUUGGAUGAUACUUUUUUCUUUGACUGUGUUAGUUUCUCCUUAGGCAGAUAUUUUUGUCAUCUCUUCUUUUGAGUCCAAUUUUCCUAAAGUUUGUUUAUGUCAAUGGCUCUUGACAAACUGAUAAAAUGUUUCCAGAAAGCACAUGGAUUUGGAACUCUCUCUUGUUAUGUUUAUAUUAGGCUUUAUUUUAAAGGCAAGUGAGACUGCUUCAAAUAAAACAACUCCAAGCUUCCAAGAAACAGUUAAGAGAAGGCAGAGACGGGCAGGAACACCCCUUCACGAACACUCACACGGUUGCCAUGGACCUACAUAAGCAGUGGGAGAACACAGAGACUAACUGGCGCAAGGAAAAGAUGGAAUUACUGGACCAGUUUGACAAUGAAAGAAAGGAAUGGGAAAGUCAAUGGAAGAUCAUGCAGAAGAAGAUAGAAGAGCUCUGCCAUGAAGUAAAGCUUCGGAGGAAAAUCAACAUGAGUGAACGUGCGAUCAUUGAUCUUGAUCGUGAAAAGGCCAUUCAAGACGAAAUGAUGGAAUCUUCUCCAAAUUGUCCCAAUUCAAGACAAUGUGAAUUUACAGGGAUGAAUCACAGGGAUGGUCUGGGAAAAAAAGGUAAAACAGAGCAGAGCUUACUCAGUGAAAGAAAUCAAAUGCGUAAGGAACAAAAAACAAUCAAAAAAUCAAAAGUAGGGUUAAUGGAUUCUAUGGCCACAGACAACCAAAAGGAAUGUGAGACCCCGCCUGACCUGAGGACUUCUGAUGAAGAGAACAAGAGCUGCUCUGGCGCCCUCAACACAGCUCUUGAAGAACUUGCCAAAGUUAGUGAAGAAUUAUGCAGCUUUCAAGAGGAAAUUCGAAAGCGUUCUAACCACAGAAGGAUGAAGUCAGAUUCUUUUCUCCAGGAAACACCAGUUGUAAUUAAUAUGCCUUAUGGAGAUCACAUGAUCAACAACAACCAGUGCAUUACUUCAGCCAAUUUAGAAAAAGAGAAAAAGAAAAAUAGAAAGAAUCUGAGCUGUACUGAUGUUUUCCAAAACAAUUCUAAGAAAAAAGGUGGAAUUGAGACAACUGAUCUGCAAAGAAGUGAAACCCCACCAGUUCCUCCUCCAAGAAGUACAUCUCGAAAUUUUCCCAGCUCAUGUUCUGCACAAGCCCAUGAAAGUUUGAAGGAAAGUUCAGACCACAACGGCUGGGUGGCCCAAGAAGGUCAAGGCGAAAAGAACUGCAACCCUCAUUUCCUCUGGAGGCAAGACGAGAUGCCUAUACUGUGUCUAAAUGAAGGGAAGACUUUGAAAGAUGGUAUCACAUUUUCUUCUUUGGCACCAGAAACCAAAAUAGAUAAAAAGCCUUCAUGUAAUGAAAAUGUUGGACUUACCAUGUGGUCAUGUGACACUGGGAUUGGUGCAAAAAAUAGCCCCUCUACACCGUGGUUUCAGAAAACCUGCUCUAUUCCCAAUAAGCCAAAAUAUGAAAAGGUGAUUCCAGAUCAUCCUGCUAAAUCUCAUCCUGAUCUUCACGUAAGCAAUGUCUGUAGCUCCUUGGUGACACAGAGCAGUGGCCCACUGAGAAGUUUCAGUUGUGGCUUUGAAAGGACUACUAAGAAUGAAAAGCUGGCAGCAAAGACUGAUGAAUUUAACAGAAUCGUAUUUAGAACAAAUAGAAAUUGUCAUGCAGUACAGCAAAGUCCAAGCUACUCAGAACCAUCUGAAGAUCUUCAGCCCUGUGAUCCUUUAAUUUCUUGCACAGGUAACAUCUCAGAAAGUGACAGUGUUUCUGACAUUCUGAAAACCAGUGCCCCCACACCUGUGCCCAGGGAAAAUGUGCAUGAUAAUUCCACCAAAAAACCCACAACAGGCCUAUUCAGACAAAUGCAGGAACACAUAAGCCCUAGCAGUUACCGGAAUAUGCUCCACGAGCAUGACUGGAGACCAAGUAAUUUGUCCGGCCGACCAAGGUCAGCUGAUCCCAGGUCAAAUUAUGGUGUGGUGGAAAAGUUGCUGAAAACCUAUGAGACAUCAGCGGGGUCCGCAUUGCAAAAUUCUAAAUGCUUCCAGGCUAAUUGGACCAAGUGUAAUUCUGAUGUCAGUGGUGGAGCCACAUUAAGUCAGCAUUUUAAAAAGUUCCAAAUAGAACAAGAGCUUCAGCAAAAGCCAGCUAUGUGUGGAGCGCAGCAAGUGAAGCAAGGAGCAGAUCGGAAAGAGGUAACUGAGGAAUCCAUGGCAGUGAAAUCCUCACAUGGAAAAGGAUUUUCCCGACCUGCUAGACCAGCAAAUCGCCGUCUCCCGUCCAGGUGGGCAUCCAGAUCUCCAUCGGCACCCCCUGCCUUGCGGAGAACUGUCCACAACUUUCCCAUUUCUCUGCGAUCAGAAGCAUCGAUGGUCUGAGUCUCUGGCCUGGAUUGCUAGAUUACAAAAGUCCCAAUUGCCAAACAGAGUAUUCUGAGUGUUUACAACCAAUUCUGUCUCUUCUGUGUCUUUCAAGAUUACUGGGACAAUUGAAAUCUUAACUUCCCAUCAGUCUUCAGUGUUUUUAAUCUGUGGAACAAUUAUCUUCCUGUAUUUUGAUUUUUUAGAUCAGAAUUUUUUAAUGCCAUCCUCAUUAAUUUGCCAAUAUGAUUUAAGUUGAAACAAUGUACUAUACUGUAUAUUCCAACUUUCUUGCAAGUGGCAGAAAGCAAGGUUAUCUGCAUGGCCGUGUGUUUUGUAGGUGCAUGUGUUGAUAUAGGAAGUAUCAGUAUGUAUUUAGAUAAGAAAAACUUACGUGCUAGUGUUGACUUUGAAAUUAUAACAUGUAUACCUAUAUAUUCUUUGUGUUUAUUUAAAAUUUUUAAAAAUA